CCCUCCUUGGGUCUGUCUGUCUGUCCAUCUCUGGGAAUGGCCACUUCCUGUUCCUUUUCUUUCUCAUUCUAAGCCUCUCCUCAUUGUUCCCCUCUUCCCUCUCUACAGGAACUACUCAGAGCCUUGGUCUCUGUCCCUCUGUCUCUGGCUCUUGCAUCUGUCUGGGCUCCUGGCCUCCUCUCCCCCUUUCUCCCCCUCCCCCGCGCUGUCAUUCACCCCGCUCCUCUCAGCGUACAGCCAAUGGAGAGACCCGGCCGAAACUGCGAGGCUCGCUAGCACAGGGCUUUUUCGCCCGGUGAUUGAUGUCCCAGAGUCAACAGCGAGCAAGCAGCCGGAGAGGGGAAGGAGAAGCCGCAGAAGGGAAGAAUACGGAGCCCCUUCUCUCUCUCCCCUCCCCCCUACUUUAGCCCUUCUGCGCACUUCGUCUUCAAGUCUCCGGCGCAGCCAGGAGCCGCUGUUGCCUCCGCGCCCCCUUGCUUGCUGCCCCCCAUAACCAAGCGCAGCAAGCACCCGCCGCCCGGGCCCCCCCGUGGGGCCGGGGCCGGGGCCAGCAUGGAGCAUCUGGGUCCGCACCACCUCCACCCCGGCCACGCGGAGCCCAUCAGCUUCGGCAUUGACCAGAUCCUCAACAGCCCGGACCAAGGCGGCUGCAUGGGGCCGGCCUCUCGCCUCCAGGACGGAGAAUACGGCCUUGGCUGUUUGGUCGGAGGCGCUUACACUUAUGGCGGCGGGGGCUCCGCAGCCGGGGCCGGGGCCGGGGGCGCGGGGGCCUAUGGCGCUGGCGGCCCGGGCGGCCCCGGCGGCCCCGCAAGCAGCAGCGGCGCCUGCAGCAUGGGCCCGCUGGCCGGCUCCUACAAUGUGAACAUGGCCUUGGCGGGCGGCCCUGGUCCGGGCGGCGGCGGCGGAGGGAGCGGCGGCGGCGGGGGGGCGCUGAGCGCUGCCGGGGUGAUCCGGGUGCCAGCGCACAGGCCGCUAGCUGGAGCCGUGGCCCACCCCCAACCCCUGGCUACUGGCUUGCCCACUGUGCCCUCUGUGCCUGCCGUGCCGGGUGUCAACAACCUCACCGGCCUCACCUUCCCCUGGAUGGAGAGUAACCGCAGAUACACAAAGGACAGGUUCACAGUGGCCCUCUCACCCUUCACUGUAACACGCCGUAUAGGUCACCCCUACCAGAACCGGACGCCCCCCAAGAAGAAGAAGCCGCGCACGUCCUUCACGCGCCUGCAGAUCUGCGAGUUGGAGAAGCGUUUCCACCGCCAGAAGUACUUAGCCUCCGCGGAGCGCGCAGCUUUGGCCAAGGCGCUCAAAAUGACCGACGCUCAGGUCAAAACCUGGUUCCAGAACCGGCGGACGAAGUGGAGGCGACAGACCGCGGAGGAGCGUGAGGCCGAGAGGCAGCAGGCAAACCGCAUCCUCCUGCAGCUGCAGCAGGAGGCCUUCCAGAAGAGCCUGGCGCAGCCGCUGCCGGCUGACCCACUGUGUGUACACAACUCGUCGCUCUUCGCCCUGCAGAACCUGCAGCCUUGGUCUGACGACUCCACCAAGAUCACUAGCGUCACAUCUGUGGCGUCGGCGUGCGAGUGAGCCUGCACGCUUCACUCUGGGGGACCCCAGGCCGAGUUAAGGGCCUCUGAGGCCUCAGAGCCAGGACUCUCCCCCACCCCUCCCCACCUUGGACUGCACGUGGGAGGGGAAAGCUGCUCCCCUUGCACCGGCCCCUAACGCUCCUGCCAACACUGUUCCGGUCUUAAAUGGAAGAAAAGAGCGCUGGGGACAGGGACGGAGACCCCUUCCCAGAAGCCUAUGCGAUCCCCCAGGUCACGUCCUCUGGAAAUGUUCAGAGUCCUCUCAGUGUUCCUUCAUUUCAUUUUAUUUCAAUUUUAACAUGGCACGGAGAGAGACAGGGAGAUGAGUUUGGAUGCAAGAGCUUCUGGGAUCUCCAGAUCUCUGAAUUUGCCCUGGGAAACUCCUCUCUGUCCUACUCCUCAUCACACACUUGAAUAACCAUAGGCCCACAUAGAGGUGAUGUCACUAUCCCUCCAGGUACCACCCAAGAACCAUACAUGAGCUAAGGCAGAGUGUCAUGCACACAUAGGGUCAUAGCCUUCACACUGUUGACCCUCACUAUUAGGUACAGGCCAAGGGUUACCCAGAUUCAUCCCGAAUAGCAUGGCGCUCUCUCUCAAAGACACACAAAGCUACAGACACACAGUGACACACCAUUCCACACACAACAGCCUCACUGGGCCUACUGGGCCCCCCAACCUCACAUCCCAGCUGCACCCAGGUACGCACAGACAGGUUUUCACACAAACUCAGCCCAUUUCUCCAGAUCCUGUUUGUAGGGGGGUUUAAGUUAUGCACUUAAUAAGGUGUUUUCUGUGUAACCAUUUUAUAAAGUGCUUGUGUAAUUUAUGUGGAAAAAAAUAAUAAAACCCUCCGGAUCCGGA